AUGCCAUCUUUGUCCAACGACAGCUACCCCACGGCCACGGCAACGGCAACGACAACGACAACAACCACACAUCCCCACUCGUUCGAAUCCCCUCAUCGCAAAUCGCACGAUAAGAACUCCGUCGGAAAUACCUUCCUGUGGACAAACUGGGCCAACGGCAACGGUAACGGCAACGGCAACGGCAACGGCAACGGCACCAUCAACAUCAACGGAGACGCGAACCCUGACGCUGUUCAGAAUGACCGCCUUCUCCAUUUGAACGGAAGCGCAUACUCUUUGAAUGGCCCACGAUCGAGCGUCAGUUCUUAUACGCGCGAUCUGCCCUCCAAGGACGGCAGCAUGCACUCGUUAGGAAACGGGUCGGUUAGAGACCCUCGGGACGCUGGCUGGCCGACCGCCAUGUUGGAUCGGAAGUCAUCGGACGCUGGACCUGGAGCAGGCUCCAUGACAGCGUCCACUUCUAGCCAGCAAGUGAACGGUACCGCCCUCAGCCAGCGGUCUCUCCAAGGGAAGCAGAUGGCCAAUGGGGAUGCUCACCGUCCCUCCGCAGAUGAACCAUUUGUCUCGGAUCAGGCUACUAUUUCUUCCCCUUCUCUGUUACAGAUUCCACAACAGGACGACUCCGGCCGUCACUCCCCAGACCCGGAACGAUUGGCCCCCAGACCCAACCAGCACCGCUACUCAUCACCACCUGCCACCACGACCGAUGUCACCUCAAUGCCUGAUUCACAACCGUCCAGUGUCCGACAACGACACUCACUACAAGUUCCGAGAGCGCCCAGUGUUCGAAGGAAUAGCCGAGACCAGAAUGAUGACAUUGCCUAUAGCAGUGGCCGACUUUCACCAACCACUGGUAGCGGUCGGCGAACUUCAUUCGGUAUGGUUCGGCGUGGAACGAAAGCAAGCAUAUCGGAUGUGCCGCUGGACGAAAUACAGGCCGAUGAUGAGGCAGCACGAUGGGCGGAAGCAAUCAAACAGAGGCGCGCCUCGCGACGACGGCGCGAGGAUGACGACGAUGACCGGGUUAUCGUGGGCACCAAGGUCGACCAGAACCACGUCAACUAUGUCACCGCAUACAACAUGUUGACUGGCAUUCGUUUCACGGUGUCGCGAAUCAAUGCGAAGAUGGACCGGGAGCUCACCCCGGCCGACUUUGAUGCCAAGCAUAAGUUUUCCUUUGAUAUUACUGGAAACGAAUUAAUACCCUCCGCAAAAUACGAUUUCAAAUUCAAGGAUUAUGCGCCUUGGGUUUUCCGACACCUUCGCGCCAAGUUCCGACUCGAUCCGGCCGAUUACCUGAUGUCCCUCACCAGCAAGUACAUACUGUCUGAAUUGGGCUCGCCUGGCAAGAGUGGCAGCUUCUUCUACUUCUCGCGCGACUACAAGUACAUAAUCAAGACCAUCCACCACGCCGAGCACAAACUCCUUCGAAAGAUCCUGCCCGAAUACUACCGACACGUCGAAAAGAACCCGAAUACUUUAAUUUCGCAGUUCUAUGGAUUACAUCGUGUGAAGAUGGCAUACGGACGGAAGAUUCACUUCGUGGUGAUGAACAACCUGUUCCCGCCUCACCGUGAUAUUCACCAGACAUUCGACCUGAAGGGCUCAACCAUUGGACGAGAUUUGCAGGAAUCGGAUCUUGAGCGCAACCCGCGGGCGACCAUGAAAGAUCUGAACUGGGUUCGGAGAAACCGUCACCUGCAGUGUGGCCCAUCGAAGCGCGACUUCUUCAUUGAACAGUUGAAACGAGAUGUCGAAUUGCUCAAGAAGCUCAAAAUCAUGGACUACUCUCUCCUGGUUGGAAUACACGAUACAGGACGCGGCAAUGAAGAGAAGUUGCGUGACAAGACUUUACAAGUCUUCCAGCCUGGGGGUGACCGCGAAGAGGAAGCGAGUCCGAACAUGCUUAUCCGCACCCCUUCCAAGCUGGAAAAUGAGCGCAAGGCUCGGGAGCUCCGCAUGUUGAUCAAGCGCGAGCGACCUGUGCCUUUAGAUAAAGCAGCUGCCAAGAUGCCGGACGAGAUUCUCGACGAACGGAAGUUCCACGUCUUUUAUGCCGAUGAUGGUGGUUUCCGAGCUACCCAUGAGAAUGGGCAACCCGGCGAAGAGAUCUACUAUCUAGGGAUCAUCGAUUGUUUGACUCACUACGGAAUGGUCAAGAAGAUGGAGCACUUCUUCAAGGGCCUUUCCAGCGAUCGAACUCAGAUCUCGCCCAUCCCUCCGGAGGGAUAUGGUGAUCGAUUCAUCAACUUCGUCAAGGGCAUCACUAUGUCUAAGGAAGAAGCUGAGCAACGACGUGAAUCGAAGGCUUCCGCACGGCAACCGUCGGGAGAGAAGAGACCAUCGUCAAGAUCCUCUUCUGUCGAAAGGACCAUGCAUGAGGCCGAGAAGGAGGCUGCGAAGGAUGUAUCAAUCACACACCCUCGAACCCUCGGAACCGUAUGGGACCCCAACGAUGCCGGUGGCCCCGGCCCGACCUCGACACUCCCGAUAGUGGAAGAGGCGGGUGAAGCCAGCAGCGUCGGAGACCAAAGUUCACACAGCCGUCACCGUCCCACCGACAAAGAACUUCCUCCCGUUCCUAUCGAUGACCGCCCCCAGCCCCCCAGCAAAGACAUCAAAGGCAAAGAUGUUGACCGCGGAGAAGCCCCGGCCCUGAGCCCACGGAAGCAAUAA